AACAUGCAGAACUAUUGCUUUAUUAUCUGCUUACUUGUGUUAGACGGCUUUGUUUUACCUAUAGCCUGUCGGAACAUAAAGUUUUCAAAACAAGCCGAUUUGAGCGGGUUUACCUGUCCUACAAUGGAUAAGGGUUUUGAAUACGAUAAGUUGAAUUUAAUGCAGUGUCUGAAAACUUGUGCUGAUAGCUCGUCGUGUUUUGGCGUGUUCCACGACGAAGCUAAUAUGCACUGUGUGGGGUGCAAUAACGAAUUUCUUACUCAUUCAUCGGCCCCAUCUCUAAACGGAAUGAAGUACUUUAGACGUCAAACGUACAUGAUAGUGACUGAAAAGAAAUCAUGGAGCAAUGCACGGUUACACUGUCAGACAUUAGGGGGACAUUUGACAGACAUUACAACAGAAGAGGAAGAACUAUAUAUAGAAGAUCAAGUAUUCGGCAGUGACCAUACUGAAACUUGGAUAGGAGCAUCGCGUGAAGAAAUUGGAGGAAUAUUUCACUGGGAAGACGGUACACCCCUGUCUGACCAUUAUGUGAAAUGGGGAAUAGAUGAACCAUCGGACAACCGGGAUGAGAAGUGCGCAGUGCUGAAAUGGACUGGUACAUGGGAUUGGCAUGAUGUUUUUUGUGGUUAUUUAUUAAGCAGUUUGUGUGAAUUUGACUAGUUUGAAGAAAGUCUCAAGUUUACAAAUGUGUGUUAUCUAAACAUUGUUGCAGCCACAUUAAAUCUCUUUGUUUCUAGUACCUGUUAGUUCGCUACAUUCAUUGUACGUAUUGUUUUGUUAACAUUGGCAUGAGAAGAAAAAAACAUCUGUAUUUAAUAUUGUGAUUCAUGUAAAAUCAUUACGUUAUAGUUGAAAUGAUUAUAGUGCAAAUUCGAGAAGGCAUCUAAUAAAAUGGCAAUUGUAAGAAUA